AUGAGGACAAGGCCCAGCUCGUCUCAUCUGGAGACGCUGCUCGAAGAGUUCGGGGAAAAGGUCCAAGCGCUACUACUGACAAGGAAGAUAAGAAGUAGUAUAUCUAUGACACCUCCAAAUAGCAUCCGCUGCGUUAGCGUUUGUGAUACUCAAACAAAGACUGAAGUUCGUCCUGGUAUCUUUUCUCGUCGGCGACUUUAG